UCUACGUUGACCGAGCUCAUGUAGCCAUCGUCCGUGGGAGCGCGUGGAAGGGACGUGCAGUACCCCUGUGCGCUAGGGCAGUCAUCGCGCGUCUCUUGUGCCCCGGGACCCGCGCAUAAUCCCUCAAUUCGAGUUAAUCCUCAAGUCUGGAUCACGUAAUCAACGAGAAGCCAGCCCGGAGGGUGGGGGAAUCGCGUGAGUACCCCGGGGCUGCGUGGAGCGAUGAGCGGUGGACGCAGCCACCACCACCACCUACCCCUGGCACCACAGUACCAGACUCGGAGGAGUCUCACCGAGGGUCGUGAUCAUCUAGGAGCUGUUGCCCUCGUGCUGAGAGACAGUGUGGCCUGGGAUACUCGGCCACGUCGCCUCUGCUCUACGACACCAGACGGAUUACUCACCCCCCAUGGUGCAGCUCCUAGAUGCCUGGUGUGGAGGUGGUGCCGAGCUACACAGGCCGUGCGCGCUGCGCUGGACCCGGGAGACGGCUUCGGCUGUGCCGAGCUCGAGGGCCUCUUCCAGGACUACAACCUGCGACUGGAUCAGACGGGGACGCGCAAGGCCCUAGCGUUGCUGGCUCUCGCCACGGCCGCCGUGGCCAUCUUGGAGCUGAGCUCCACGCCGACGGUGGCGGCGGCCGCCUUCUCGAGCUCUGUGCUCGGCGCCGCGUUCCUCUUACUCUGGGCACUCGUCAAGACGAGGAGGCAGCUGCAUCGGUCGCAGCUGCGGUGCGUCGUGACAUUCGCCCUGCUCCUCGGGUUCGCCUUCACACUUUCGUGCUGCCCGUUCCCGCGGCAGGGAGAGGCUCGGGUGCGCGCGUGGCAGGGCGCAUGGCAGGGCGCACUCGUCUCGUUCGUGACGCUCACGCUGCUGCCCGCGCACUCGCGCCUCGUGCUGCUCGGAGGGAUCGCAAUGGCGGUGGUCUACCUGGUGGUGAUCGCGUGGACCGCAGCCUCCUUGUCGGUGAUCGCUUGGCCCAAGCUGCUGGUGAACGCGGUGCUGCUGGUGAGCGUGUGCGCCUGCGGCGGAGCCGUGCGCAUCUUCACGGAGCGCGUGCAGCGCAGCACGUUCCGGCGCACGUGGGAGAGCGUCCGACAGCGGCUCCUGCUCGAUGAUGAGAACGAGAAACAGGAGCGGCUGCUGGUGAGUCUGCUGCCGCGCCACGUUGCCAUCGAGCUGCGACAGGACUUCCUGAAGCCGCCCAACCACAUCUUCCACAAGGUGUACAUCCAGCGCCACGAGAACGUCAGCAUCCUGUUUGCGGACAUAGUGGGCUUCACCGGGAUGGCGUCGCAGUGCACGGCGCAGGAGCUCGUCAAGCUGCUCAACGAGCUGUUUAGCAAGUUCGACGAGCUCGCCACGGAGAACCACUGCCGCAGGAUAAAGAUCCUGGGCGACUGCUACUACUGCGUGUCCGGACUCGCCCUGGCCAAGACGGACCACGCGCACUGCUGCGUCAAGAUGGGCCUCGACAUGAUCGACACCAUCGACCUGGUAGCGGAGGCCAUGGAGGUCAGGUUGAACAUGCGUGUGGGGCUGCACACGGGUCGCGUGCUGUGUGGCGUGCUGGGCCUGCGCAAGUGGCAGUACGACGUGUGGUCCCACGACGUAACACUCGCCAAUGCCAUGGAGGCGGGUGGCCUACCAGGUAAGGUGCACAUUACGAAGGCCACCCUCGAUGGCCUGAGGGGCGACUAUGAGGUGGAGCCAGGCCACGGGCAGGAGAGGCACUGCUACUUGCGCAAGAACAACGUUGAGACGUUUUUCAUCGUCCCGUCCCAGCGCAGCAAGGCCUUUCAAAGGGAUGAGCUGACAAACGUGCAGCUGGCAAAAAAGAUGCGUUUCAAGACGGUCUGCUCCGUCAUGGUGCAGCUCAUUCAUUCCCGCAAGGUGUUCGGCGCAGAGGUCCCAUUCUCCGACAUCAUGGGCCGCGACGAUAACAGGGGCCAUACAUUGCGCGUCUCCUCCCAGGGACCGCGGGGCCAUUUGGGGUUCUCCUCCUCGUCCCUGCUGCAGCAAGCUGACCCGAGCUCGCGCGUCAACCGCUACGUCCGGCGACUCAUCGAAGCUCGCAGCAGCGAGCGCCCUGCCGCUGACCUGCGGCCGCUGUCCCUCCGCUACAAGCAGGCUGGCCAUGAACGACAGUACCACCAGGAGCCAGACGCCCACUUCCAUAGUGCGGUGCUUGUCUACCUCAUUACCGACGUUGCCCUGGGCCUUGUGUACUACUUCCUUCUCCCUCUGACUAGGCUGGUGUCCACUCUGUUGUCACUCUCAGUUCUUCUUCUCAUUGGCUGCCUUGUUUGCCUUCGCAUCACCUACAUGAAGUGCCGCUCGGACUGCGCGACGGUGAAUCUGCGGACGGCUAUGGCUCUGUCUACUGCCGCCCUAGUCUACUCCGUGUCUCUCAGCUGCAUGGCGAUGAACGUGCCACUUCUGUGGCCCGGCGGCAACUCUACCGCCGCCAGCGGCGCAUGGGUUGCUGGGACCAUGGAGCGGGGCAAAGGCGAGGGUGCAGCAACCCCAGCAGGAGCAGUGGAGCGAGGAGCAGAGGAGAGAGGACACAGCCCCGGCCUGGCAGCGCUGGCGGGGACGGGGGACCCAGCCCAGUGUGCCCUGCUGGGCUGCUGGAGCGCCAUACUGCCACUGGCCCUGUUCUUGCACGUCCCAUCCUUGCCAAAGCUGCUGGCGCUCGUCGCACUCACUGCUGCCAACAUCUUGGUGCUUGAGUGCACUGGCUACCGCCAUUUGCUUGGGCCGGGCCAGGCAUAUGGCGCGAGGGCGUUUGAGCCGGCACUGGCUUCCGUGCUGCUGGCGUGCACCGUGGGGCUACACGCGUACCGCCUCGACCUCGGCCUCCGUCUCGACUACCUCUGGUUUCUCCAGGCGGAAGAGGAGAGAAUCGAAAUGGAACGCAUCAAAGACGACAACAAGAGGAUCCUGUUUAACCUGCUGCCAGCGCACGUGGCCCAGCACUUCCUCAAGUCCAACCCCAGGAACAUGGACCUGUACCACCAGUCGUAUGCCCAGGUUGGCGUGCUGUUCGCCUCCAUCGCAAACUUCAAUGACUUCUACAUCGAGCUGGAUGGAAACAACAUGGGCGUGGAGUGUAUGCGGCUUCUCAACGAGAUAAUCGCCGACUUUGAUCAGCUGCUCGACAAGAUUUGCUACAGCACCAUUGAAAAGAUUAAGACCAUCGGAAGCACGUACAUGGCUGCUGUGGGACUGGCUCCAUCAUCCGAGGCAAAGAGCCAGGAUCCUCACUUGAGCACUCUGGCCGAUUUCGUAAGAGAAAUGUUUGACGCCCUGGAUGAAUUCAAUUACCAGUCCUAUAAUGACUUCAUCCUCCGUGCCGGAAUCAACGUUGGCCCCGUAGUGGCUGGAGUCAUCGGUGCUCGCAGGCCCCAGUACGACAUCUGGGGAAACACCGUGAACGUGGCGAGCCGCAUGGAGAGCACGGGCGUACCGGGCAAGAUCCAAGUCACUGAAGACGUGUUCCGGAGCUUGCAGAGAAGGGGCUACGAGAUGACACGCCGCGGGAAGGUGAGCGUGAAGGGAAAGGGGGAGAUGGUGACCUACUUCUUAGAGCGAUCGCAGAAGAGCAACGACAAGCCAGCUCACCACCACCAGCCGAGCUCCUGCACGGACAGGUCGACGGAAGUCCUCAAAGGGGUGUUGCGAACCCCCUGCAAGGACCGACGGCCGUUCAUGCUUCCGCGCGCGGCGACCUCUGAACCCUGAGCAAGUACCUCGCUCGUCGACCCGUGGCCGACGAAGUCCCAACUGUAAAAGUGCUCGAUGGACCCUACCGGGCGAAAAUAAUGCUGAGUGGCGGUCAGCUUUGCGGGCGCGACAACGAAACGUAUUGACUCCUCGUUGAAUGUUGUCUCUUGUUGCCUGGAAUGUUACCAUACGUGUUUUGAAGGCGUUCAAAAAAUAAGCACAAAUAAAUAAAUACGUAUGUAUUUUUGUUGUCACCGGAGCAGGUUAGAAUUACGGCCUCCGAGUGGCGUCUGAUGCGCGAGCAAGACGGCCGGUGGGAGCGCAGCUGCCGAUUCGAGGGACGCGGCUUGCGGGGGUUGUAAUUGGCAGCUGGUGAGCAGUUUGAAAUGCCAUGGAAUGUUCCAAGUUCCCGCAGAGGCAUUUUUGCUUUUCCAAUCUCAAUAAUUUCCCUGCACGGACACAGCAGCGUACACAAAUGUGCAAUUAGUGACAUUGGCCAAUCGCACUUUUUUACGUGAAAUUAAAUUCGUGCAGCAACCCCCCCCCCCCCCCCCACAUUUGCGGUGUGAGACCUGAGCACUUGUCUAUGGCUCGGGUUGUCGUGACAUGUCCAAGCAAGUCCAAUAACUUUUUCUUUAGUUUUUAUGUACAUGCCAGUUGAGCAAGUGCCUUUGUCGUGUGACCGUAGUUGCCAUGCUUACGAUGGGUUGCACCGCAUCCCGAACGUAAUGACAUUGUUCAUCUCAAAAUGAUGACACCGUAGCGUCACAACAUGGACAUUAUCAAUGCCAUGCCCUGUGUUUGGCAGUGUUCUCUUAUGAGUUAAAUAUACACUCGGCAAAUGUUUCCAAUUAUAUCACAACCAAAGUCAACAAAAGCACGAACACGCAUAAUAUAUUUUGUAUAAACAUUGGAAGUUCAAAUCACCGACCGUGAGGUAAAGUCACAAGAAGAGUGUUUCUAUUUGUUCGAACCUAAUUUAUAUUCGGGUGGCUUAUGCCGAAAAAUCUUUGUGAAUGUUUUUCCUUUGAAUAUGGGACAACAAUGGCAUGGCCACGCUUCAUAGCAAUACAUGUGUGUGGUUCUGGUACAUAUGUUGCGGUACGUACAUCUUCGCUCUCCGUAAAUCGGCAACGCGCCGCGUUGGGUGGGGGCGCUAGGCCGGGGCCCUGAAGGGCGGACGCGUCCGGAGGAGCGAGCAUCCCUCUCUCCGAUUGCCGCGUCGCCACCGCCGCUCGCCACGCCGAGGUCGCGGCGCUUUCGAGCGAUUGUUUAAAUUCAGCCGGGAUGAACGGAGCGGUGCACGGCAUGAGUAUUCACGCGUUUCUUCAAAAUCGAUAACCGUUAACGAAGCAAUUGACGGAGCCUUAUUUUAUACACCCAUUUAAAGAUGAUUCCGUCGUUAUGAUGCACCAAUCUGACGGUGCACUUUUAAGCCUCAAUUUUACGUGCGAUGAAGUAACCGAAUGAAUGCAUCGAUGUGAGAAGUGACUGUACCGAGUGUUUUUACUCAAGUAUAAUAAAACUGAAUCUUGGUAUUUUUUUUUA